AUGCCUGCUAACAGGUCAAAGAGGAGACGCUCAGAUGAUGUCGACUACAGUAGCAAUCAUCCCUCUACGCUACCUCCGCCGCCGCUUCCAGUGGCUAGUGAGAAAAAGGACACAGAUUCUUCAGGACUACUAGAAACUCUCCAGCGCCAUAUCGACGACUUGCGAAGCCAUAUAUACUGCGGAGUGUGCAUCAAGCCGCUCUACGAGCCGUACACGUUACCCUGCGGACACACAUUUUGCUACAGCUGUCUUGUUCAAUGGUUUACAAGCCACGGCCAAUCGAAAACUUGUCCAGACUGUAGGUCGUCAGUCAAGUCACCCCCCGCUCCCGCAUAUUUGGUUCGCAACAUCGUACAUAUGUUCAUUGGACGGUCCGAGUUGACGGAUGCGAACGAAACUACGCACGAACACUUAGCCAACCAAGUUGCGGAAACCGAGAGAGUGGAGAAUGACAAAAAGAAUACCGAUCCUGAAAAGGGCGGCCUAUUCCAAGGAUGCUUUAACAAAACCAAAGCUCCAAUUCGCGAUGAUGAUGAAGGUGUCACAAGGUGUCCAGGGUGUCUCUGGGAACUAGAAGAUGGCGAGUGCAUGCAGUGCGGCUAUUCAGUAUCGGACUCCGAGGACGCAGACGUCGAUGAGCUUGACGAGCUUGACGACGACCUUGAUGCCCUUGAAGCAAUCGAAGAGGCACUGAACGGCACUUUUACUGAAGACGAAGACGAUUUCAUGUUAGGCGGCGACCCUUAUGGAUACGAGUUCAAUUACCAUAGCGAUCAACCGUUCAUGGAUGUUUUUGGAGGGGAGGGUUCGGUCGAUGGAGAUUCAUUGGAUGAAGACUCGGUGGACGAAGAUUCAAUAGAUGAGUCGGAUGAAGAAUCAAGCGAAUCAUCAGACGCCUCAGAAAGCUCGCACUCGACGGUGCGCCGGGCUUCGAAUGGCAAUAGCAGCUCUGUUAUUGAGAUCGAGGACGAGGAAGCACCUUCAGUUCAGGAAAUAUUAUCCGCUGACCACACAGAGGAAGAGUCAGAUGAUGACGAUGAGCCAGUUAGGCCCGCCCCACGAAGGCGAAAUGCUCGUCCGCAAGGCGCUCACGAUGUAGAUUUCUCGUUUUAUACGAACGGGGUUCGCAUGCGUGUUCGCGGCAAUAAUGGGGCCGUAGCCGAAGGGGGAACCGAUUCCCUAAGCGCCCUUGUUAUUGACGACUCUUCAUCUCCUCGGCAGCCAGUAAGGCAACGAAACUCCCAGCGGCGCCGUUAA